UUCCUCCCCCGCCAUAGGAAGCUAUCGAAGCUUCAGCCUUACUCGAGUAUCGCCUUCUCAAACAAUUGCGCAUGCCAGACCAUCUGUGAGAAAUCCGAUUCCACCACAUCACAUCCAAUUCGCCAAAUCCCAAACUCAAGAUGGCAUCUCCAAAGAUUGCCGACGCUCUGAAGCAGAUCUCUGCGUCACCAGAUAAACCACAAGGCUACGAAACUCUCCUCUCCCAAGUCCACCUAGCAUCCACACCCGAACAGCUGCCAGGAGACCUCAUCGCCAUUAUCGACUCCAUAUUUGCAGAUUCCCUGGGAAUCGUAGCAACACGAGCGCUCUGCGGAACAUUUGUACAAAAGCUCAAGACGGUUUCCAGCAACGAUACGAAGGUCACAGUCGGUAGCCACGCCCUCGAAAUCAUCCAAGCUCAAGCAUCCUCCUUCGAAGAACAAAAUGCGCAAAUCAGAGAGCUUAUGGCAUCCGCCUAUGAAGACGACGAGGAUUACCAAGCCGCUGCCAGAGUUCUAGCUGGUAUUCCCCUUGAGUCGUCGCAGCGCAAAUGGACAAACGAGGAUAAGGUCAAGUUCUGGAUCCGAAUUACACGAAACUACCUCGAAGUAGACGAUACGACUUUGGCAGAGCAAUACCUGAAUAAAGCCAAGAAUCUCAUCUAUACCGUCGAAGAUAAUGAUCUCAAUUUACAUUUCAAGUUGUCCCAGGCACGAAUUCAAGAUGCUCGACGUAACUUUUUGGCUGCCACUCAGGGUUAUCAAGAUAUUAGUAUCAUGCCAGUUGUUACAGAGGACGAACGUUUGCAUACUUUGAGUAUGGCUAUUAAAUGUGCUGUUCUGGCGCCGGCGGGACCACUUCGCAGCCGUGCGUUGGGAAGAUUAUACAAGGAUGAGCGAGCGGCUACCUUGGAGGAAUACCCGAUACUUGAAAAGAUGUUUCUAGAUAGAUUGUUGUCGCCAGAGGAAGUCGCAAAGUUUGCUGAGGGAUUAGCACCACAUCAACUUGCAAAGACGUCGGAUGGCAGCACUGUGUUGGCAAAAGCUGUGGUUGAACACAAUUUGAGAGGCGCAUCUAGAAUGUACAACAACAUCGGGUUUGACGCUCUUGGAUUGUUGCUUGGAUUAGAUGCAGACAAGGCGGAAGAUACUACUGCUCGGAUGAUUGAGCAGGGUCGUUUGGUUGGUAGAAUUGAUCAGGUUGAGAGAGUUAUUUGGUUUGAGGGUGGUGAGGCUACUGGCGAGAAGGGUAGUGGACGAGCAGAAGGCGUAGUUGGGAAAGAGCUGAGACGAUGGGAUGCCAAUGUUCAAGGUUUGACGGAAGAGGUCGAAAAGGUGACUUCGGAACUACAGUUACGAUAUCCCGUGAGUCUCCCUAAACUAUACCGCGGGACCAAAUACUAAUACGAUGAUGAUAGGACUUUGUUGUGGCACAUUUGGUAGUUUAAUUGAUGACGAUAAAUUGUUUUAGGAGUUGGGGAAAUCAUGAUGCAGCCAUGAAAAGACAUGACUUGGGCAUAGUAAUGGAGUUAACGAAGAAAUGAAUAGCAUGAGAGCCGAAAGAAAAACCACUACACGAAUUAAAACAGUCUCA